AUGUCGACUGGGUUCAAAGUCAGCGUUGCUUUACUAUCCGACCAUGAGAUCCCUACUUGCUUCCAGAUCCUUUCCAAGUCAUUUGGUCACGAUGCACCAUUUGUUGACAUGUACUUCCCAGGCCACGAUACACCGUCGGGGCAAGCACGGGGCUCAGAGCGCUUGAAGCAAUGGAAGCAGAAUGCUGACAACUCCACAUUCUUGAAGGCCAUCACUCGCUUGGAACCCAUAAAUGAGGAGCGCAUCAUCGGCUUCGCCAUAUGGACAUACAUGAAGGAGCCGCCGCCCGCAGACCUAGUGAAUGUGGAAGACGUCAACACUGUCUGGCCGGAUGAAGAUGACCGUGAGUUCAUGACUCAGCUAUGGAAGUCCUAUGUAAUUCCCCGGACUCAGGCUAUCAAGGGUUCCCACGACAGAGGUGUUUACGUUCUUGAACUGCUAGCUGUACACCCAGACUAUCAACGUCUUGGCGCAGGCACAGCGCUUGUUACCUGGGGGACCAAAGCCGCAGAUAACCUGCGCAUCGAAUCAGACACCAUUCAAAACCGCUGA